AGUGAACCGUUCGAAAAAAGAGUCAGAACAUCACCUACAGUGGUAUCAUCAACACACCAACAACAAAACCACCAACAACAUGUACAAGUUUAUUUUGGUUACUUUGGCUUUAGUGGCUACUUCUCAAGCAGCCCCGGGGGUUGUUGCUCCAGUUGUUGCACCAGCUGUUGUUACAGCUCAAAGCUCCCAAUACAUCGCUAGGAAUUACAACACUCUUACAGCCCCGGUUGUAGCAGCAGCAGCACCAGUUGUAGCCGCCCCCGUUGUAAAAUCAGCACCGGUCGUAGCAGCUCCCGUUCUUAAAGCAGCACCAUUAGCUGCUGCACCAAUUGUUAAAGCGGUUGCUCCUGCAGCUCCACUUGUUGCUCCAUCUCCCUAUGUAGCCCCAGCACCAUAUGUAGCCCAAACACCAUACUUUGCUCCAUCUCCUUAUGUAGCCCCAUCCCCUGUUGUUGCUUCUGCUCCUUAUGUAUCUCCAUACAAUUUACCUUACACCGUCCCAGCAGCAUCUCCUUACGUUUCUCCUUAUGCAGCUCGUUACGUAUCUCCAUACGCAGCUCCUUAUUCCCUUCCUGUAGCUCCUUACCCAGCUGCAGGAUACGUAGCACCAGCUUAUCUUUAAGCCUUAUAAUGUAACUACGAGGAGUUUUGAAAUCGUUUCAAAUUUAGAUUGAUUCAAUAGCCUCGAUUUUUAUGUUGUUCUGACUUGUACAAAGUUUGUUUAUAUG